CCCCUAAUAAAAACCACUCUUCUCUCUCUGCAGAAGAAGGUCAGAUACAGAAACUGACUGCAAAGAACAAAGCUCCUUUCUAUAUUUGCAAGGUGCAGCUAAGUCAUUCCUUAGUAAAAAAGCUUUGUUCUUUUCUUAAUUUGCUCUUCACAGCCCCCAACAAGACUUUGCUGCUAUUAAAAUCAGAUCCUGGAAAGCAUCUUCAGAAAACAGCCAACACUCUCUCUUUCCCAUGGAUUUGCAACUGAAACAAUGGAGAAGCCAACAGGUCCAGAUAGAGUCAGAAGAACAACCUUCUGCAGCAAAGAUACCAAAACAUAUCUUUGAUCCUAUUCAAUCCCAUACUGCAACUUCUACUGCUCUUCCACUCUUUGCCCCUGAACCUACCUCUUCCAAACUCUCUUCUUUAUGUCCUGAUUCCUCUUCCAGACUCCCCAAGAUGGGGAGCUUCUUUAGCUGGGCACAGUGGCAAGAACUUGAACUACAGGCACUGAUCUAUAGGUACAUGCUGGCUGGAGCUGCUGUUCCACAAGAACUUCUUUUACCAAUCAAGAAAAGUCUUCUCCAUCUGUCUCCUUCCUACUUUCUUCACCACCCUCUUCAACACCUCCCUCAUUACCAGCCUUCUUGGUAUUUGGGGAGGGGGGCGAUGGAUCCUGAGCCAGGGAGAUGCAGGAGAACGGAUGGUAAGAAGUGGAGAUGUUCAAGGGACGUCUUCCCUGCCCACAAGUACUGCGAGCGCCACAUGCACCGUGGCCGCAACCGUUCAAGAAAGCCUGUGGAAACUCCCACCGUCAAUGCCACCACCACCACUUCCAUGGCUGCCGCAGCCACAGCUGCACCUGCUGCAACGCCAUCUGCCUUUGCUUUUGGCGGUGGUGAGGAAGUGGGUCAAGGAGGAUCAUCUAGCUUCUUCUUCUCUAGUCAAAGUUGUUCAGAAAUGAAGCAAGAAAGCAACAAUAACAAGAGGCCAUACGAGUCCCAUAAUGGAUUUGGGAACAAUGGAUCAGAUGGAGGCCACAUCUUGAGACACUUCUUUGAUGAUUGGCCUCGUUCUGAAGCUGACAAUAGUUCAAGAACCAUGAGCUCCGCCACUUGUCUCUCCAUCUCCAUGCCCGGAAACUCUUCCUCAGACGUCUCUCUGAAGCUGUCUACAGGCAAUGAAGAGGAAGCUAGAAACAACAACAGUGGGAGGGACCAGCAAAACAUGAGCUGGUGGAGCGGUGGAGGCACCAACCACAACCACCAUCACAUGAUGGGACCAUUGGCUGAAGCCCUGAGAUCUUCCUCAUCUUCUUCCCCAACCAGUGUUCUCCAUCAGCUUGGUUUUUCAACGCAAGCCUUUCAUUGAUCAGUGACAAACCAACACAACUGUUUUGCUUUGUGCUUUAUUCAAAUUUCCUCAGUAUAAAGAGGGGAUGUUUUGUCGUCAUCUUCCCUUUAGCUUUCCCAUGUAUCUGUAACAGUUCUCUGCAGAUUUACUUCUCAAACAUAUAUGUUUUCGGAACAACACAAGUGGUCAUAUCACUUUAGUCCAUACUUG